CUUGGUUAACGGGCCGUGGCGGCCUUAACACCACCACCAUUACCGCGGGUAAUGUUUACCGCUAAUUGAACUAGUCAGAACGUAACACGUCCCUAGACCAGAAAGUUCUCCCUAUCUACACUCAGCUCACAGGUCGUGAUGGACUUCAACGAUCUUCAUCCCUCAGACGAUUACAGUCACAGGUUUUUCAUCUGGCACGAAUGGAUCCAGGCGAACGGUCCUCUCACUUCAGAGAACGUGUUUGAUUAUUUUGCCACGUCAAUGUUCUAUGACAAGCAGAGCAAUAAUCAAGUUUUGCGCAUGCAGACCAUGCACACGGGUGUGCCCAUAUUAAACGAGUCGGAAGAACUUAAACGUUUCACCGGCAUCGAGUUUGCUCUCGUGCAUGCUCAGCCACCUUCGCUAUUUAUUAUUCACAAAAGGGAACGAUCAUCCCCUGAGGAAGUUCGCCCUCUUGCUGCUUAUUUUAUCAUGAACAAUCGAAUCUAUCGAUCGCCGGAUGUCUAUGGUGUUCUCUCCAACCGUUUGCUCACUUCCCUAUACGCCCUGCAGUCCUCUUUAGACAUACUGCGCAUCAAUAGACCUGACUACACCCCUCGCACAGGAUUUAUUUGGCCAAUCACGGAGCAGGCCAUGUCCGAUGAUGCUACCAAAAAAUGGGGUGGAGAGGAUUCCGCGACUGCUGCAGCCGAGACGGAGAUCUCCACGUCACAGUCAGAAAGUCAGAAACCCACUUUAAUGACCAGUGGACCGAAAAAGCAACAGAACAACAUGUUAAUGUAUAACGCAAUGAGGUCCACUGCGUUUCAUUCAAAAAUAUCCUUUUCUUCCUCUGCUUCUGUCAGAGAUGGAGAUAGUGUUCCCCCUGAGUCACUGGGGAUACGUUCCUCAGCCACACCUGCACCUACGGCGACCAGAGCAGCGACCCCAGCCAGCGGUCCCACACCCCAAGACACACUUCCACCGAAGGGUGCGCCUGGUGCGGGUAAAAAGAAGAAAAAGCGUACCUUGUUGGCUGUCGGAGCAAGUUGAUGGCCUCCGACCUCUACAAACCAGUCGCAGUCCCUGUGCCACAUCUCCAUGCAGGCGACUGGCAUUUGACGUGAGUAUUGACGUCGAAUAUCAUCCUUCUCGGAGCUUUGCGGGCUUCAUUACCGCUACGCCUCAUCUUGCGCCACCAUACCAUGGAUCUCUUUAGCAAGAAUAGGACAGACGGGGACCUGGAGCU